AUGAGCGCUAUUCUCUCAGCAGACGAUCUAAACGAUUUUAUUUCGCCGGGAUUGGCGUGUAUCAAGCCUGUGGAAACACUCCCUGUUCCUGAGGCUGGUGAGGUGGAGAUCCAGAUCGAUGAAAAUGGAAAUCCACUUGAGAUCUCCAAAAUCGACGGUAAAGUCGCCGCUCUCCUGCCUGCUCAGAUCUCCUUGGCUGACUGUUUGGCCUGUUCGGGAUGUAUCACUUCUGCUGAAGAGGUUUUAGUGGCUCAGCACUCGCAUGAUCAGCUUUUAAAAGCCCUUAAAGAAGGUCACAAAAUGUUUGUGGCUAGUAUCUCUCAUCAGUCUCGAGCAUCUUUGGCUCACGCAUACGGAUUUUCUGUCGAGACGAUAGAUCGUGUUCUCAUUGACUUCUUUGGCAGAUUGGGAUUCAAAUAUGUCGUGGGCACUGCUUUGGGACGCAAACUUUCUUUACUUGAAGAAGCUCAAGGCAUGAUAGCUAGAAAGCAGAACUCAGAGAAUGACACCGCCCCUGUGUUGUCGUCAGUGUGCCCGGGAUGGGUUCUCUAUGCCGAAAAGACCCAUCCCUAUGUGCUUCCAUAUAUGUCGAAGGUAAAAUCUGCCCAGCAGAUCACCGGAUGCAUCUUGAAGACUUUGGCUGCUAAAGAUUUGGGUGUUUCUCGUGACCAGAUAUACCACCUCUCAAUCAUGCCAUGUUUCGAUAAGAAACUUGAAAGUGCUCGACCUGAACUGACUCUGAUUGGCGAAUCGGACUCUCCUGACGUGGAUUGUGUACUCACUGCCAAAGAGUUGAUUAAUCUUGUUGACCAGCUGGCGUACCUGCUUCUUCCCGAAAAUGGCGUGGAAUCACUUGAUAACUCUCCAAUCAACUCUAUCUACGAGUCCUGUGCUCCACCCUCCUGGCCAUUUAAGGAGCUCUCAUGGUACAAUGAUUCUGGAUCUCAGUCUGGUGGAUAUGCAUACAAUUACCUUCAAAUGACCAGAAACCACUUGUUGGGAGUUAACCCUGGAGCUUCUGCUGACGAGUACACCAUUGUCAACGUAGAGGGCCGUAAUUCUGACGUGUUCGAACUUCGCCUUAUGCACGGUGAGGUAAAGGUGGCCAGUGCUGCAGUUGUUAAUGGAUUCCGGAACAUUCAGAACUUGGUACGGAAACUCAAACCUACGCCAGGGAAGACCACCAAAUCGAACCCUUUAGCAGCCAGAAGGCGUGCUCGUGUGGCCAAAUCUGCAUCUGCUAGCCCCGCCCCGGAGGAGGCUGCUGAUGCUUCAAAAUGUGACUAUGUGGAGAUCAUGGCGUGCCCUGGUGGCUGUAUUAAUGGAGGAGGACAAAUUUCUCCAGCAGACCAGGCACAAGAAAAGGAAUGGUUGAAUGAGGUCAAGGAUGUUUACAACGAAAUUGGCUUGGUCGACUUGACGAGUGUCAACAGUGGUGGCUUGGAAGAGGCAUUGACAUCGUGGGCCAAUGGAUUCUGCACCGAGGCAGCCAUUCCAGAAACUCGACUUUACUCUACUCAUUUCAAUGAGGUAGAGAAACCCUCUGACCCCAAUGCUAUUCUUCUUGGGGCAAAGUGGUGA